AUGGAUCUACACUCUACAGAGGCACCACUUUCUCAUCCAGAUGUCCCGUCCGGCGGUCGAUAUCCAUCCUUAUCUGAGAGUUCAUAUGGUUCUGCCCUGCAUUCUGUCAAGCCAAAUGGCACUAAAUCAGUUCCGAUCGACCUGGAUAUCACUCCCAUAGUGCGUGAUCACCUGUUCAAAGUGUUUUUCGAAUUUAUCCAGCCAGCAUGGCCUGUGGUAUCAAAGGAAAGCCUCGUGCGUUAUCCCUGUAACCCUGUUCUGGAGGCAGCAAUCCUCGGUGUGGCAGCUCGACACCACACAGCUAUUGUGUCCUGGCGUGACUUAAGCCAUAUCCAAGAGGUCAUUGAUGGCGAAUUGAGAAAUUUAUUCAAUCUACGAGAUCAUUGCGAGCACUCCAUACAGACUUUACAAGCUCUGCUUCUUCUCUGUCUUCGAGUAGAGCUAUGCGCAAAGAACCACCAUGACCUACAGCGUCUUCCAUUUCGAAUUUCUUUCGCAUGCCAGAUAGCUCAGGACCUGGGCUGUCAUAUACCUACCACACAGUCACCAGCGGAUGAGUGGGAUGACAAAGACCUCCGACGGACCCUAUGGGCUGCAUGCAUCUUCGUGGAUACUCAUUGCUCUGCUAUAUUAGGCCAAGAAAUGAAUAUUAGCAUGAGCCAGAAUCGAGAAUUUUGCCUUGGACAAGCUGCUGGGGCCACAGAGCCACAACUCGAUUUAAUCCGCACAUUUGAACAUCACCGAUUUUUCUACACCGCUGUCGGUUUCAUGGUCUGCUUACGUUCAGUUCUGUGCAUGGGUUACUCUUUUCUUCCCAAAAUAGAGGAAGAAAUGCACGAUCAAUUAAAUGCAAUCCUAAAGGAUAUUGAAUGGCACCAGGAAUAUCUCAACUCAAACAAGUCACAGUACAGUGACCACGAGUGGCAAUGUCUCCAGAUGAUUCACUCAAAUACUCACCUUCUUUUCAUUCUCAGCCUUCGAUCGACAAAGUUAACGGACGACAAACUACGGAACAUCGCGAGUACACAACUGUUUUCCGUGAUGACACAAGCGUGCCAGACUCUUGAGUGGUCAACCUCGGAGCUCAUUGAAUCAGCACCAGGACAAUUGCUUGUGACACUUUACAGCACCUCACGUGCCUUAAUGGUCAUCGUGGAUGUAUUAAGGGAUCCCGAGUCCAAGGGGGGUUUGUCAACUUCUACGCUAGAACGCUUGCAGGGGGCCGUCGAAAACGCGAGAAAAUUCAUGGCCUUUCUUUCAGUGGACAAGACUUGGGGGCAAAAAUGGACUCAAUCACAUACCCUUAAGGCAAUCUUUACGAGAUUGGACCAGAAGCAGAGAGAUAGAUCUAGCUUGCCCCACACCAUGGACGACGCAAGCGUGAGGGUGUGCGAGCGGCCUUUGUCCGAUGCAGUGGCAAAUUUAGAGUCCACUGCUUCUGUGCGAACUGAAUCGAGGGUCCAGUCGAGUUUAAGUGGACGAGAUGUCGAUGCUACAGCCAAUGAAGCAGAACUGGAAAAGCCUCCUUUCGACGAAGAUAUUUGGAAUGACCUUGAGAAUUCAAUGGACUUGAGCAAUGUCAUUCUUAAUCCGGCAGAGUGGGAAAGCUUUUUUGAACAAUGUGACCGGGAUAUGUACGGACCAAGUCGUCUAUAG